AUGUGGGAGAAAACAACUGACCGUGUCUCCGUUGUCCAGUACAGCAGAGAUACAGAAGUUCAUUUCUACUUGAACACCUACAAAACCAGAGAGGAUGUUGUUGAUUCAGUGAGAGGGCUGCAACACAGAGGAGGCAGACCCCUCAACACUGGAGCAGCCUUGCAAUACGUAGGAGACAAUGUGUUUACAAACACUUCUGGAAGUAGGCGGCUGCAAGGGGUUCCACAGUUGUUGAUCCUGUUAUCUGGUGGAAGGUCAUUUGACAAUGUUGAUACCCCAGCCUCUGCGCUCAAACAGCAGGGCAUCUUUGCAGUUGGCAUUGGAACAAGGACCUCUGACAGGAGAGAACUGCAGAAAAUAUCAUAUGACCCAACGUAUGCCCUCUUAGUUUCUGAGUUCAAUGACCUCCCCGAUGUCCAAGAACAGCUCUUUUCUGUUUUGAGUACAAUGCCAGCAAGGGUCACACCCAUGGCACCAACUGUUAUUGUCGAGAAAGAGCCACGAGGAAGAGACAUUGUGUUCUUGCUGGAUGGAUCUGAUGGUACUCGAACUGGAUUCUCAGCUAUGCGUGACUUUGUCCAAAGAAUAGUUGAGACAAUGAGUGUGGAUGACAACAGAGACCGUGUCUCAGUGGUCCAAUACAGCAGGGAUCCAUCCGUCCACUUCUAUUUGAACACUUACACAACCAAAGCUGAGAUCCUUAACACUGUCAGAGGACUGAGGCAUAAGGGGGGAAGACCUCUCAACACUGGAGCAGCUCUCCAGUACUUGAGGGAUAAUGUCUUCACAGCCCCUGCUGGAAGCAGGAGCCUGAAAGGAGUUCCACAAAUCCUAAUCUUGUUAAAUGGUGGAAGGUCUUUUGACAAUGUUGACGCACCAGCCUCUGCCCUGAAACAGAUGGGUGUCUUGAUAUAUCCAAUUGGAAACAGGGGCUCUGACAGCAGAGAACUACAGAAGAUAUCCCAUGAUCCCCGUUCAGCUGUAACUGUGACCGAAUUUACUGACCUCCCAAGUGUCCAACAGCAAAUUGAGUCCUCCUUGGGGGUUGUGGUGACUGACAUCACUCCAGAACCAACAACUGUAUUUGUUCAACCUGACAUGGUCAAAAAGGAUAUUGUAUUCCUUCUGGAUGGUUCAGAUGGCACAAGGAAUGGCUUCCCUGCUAUGCGAGAUCUUGUUGAGAGAGUGGUGGAAAAACUCAAUGUGGGAGAAAACAACGACCGUGUCUCCGUUGUCCAGUACAGCAGAGAUACAGAAGUUCAUUUCUACUUGAACACCUACAAAACCAGAGAGGAUGUUGUUGAUUCAGUGAGAGGGCUGCAACACAGAGGAGGCAGACCCCUCAACACUGGAGCAGCCUUGCAAUACGUAGGAGACAAUGUGUUUACAAACACUUCUGGAAGUAGGCGGCUGCAAGGGGUUCCACAGUUGUUGAUCCUGUUAUCUGGUGGAAGGUCAUUUGACAAUGUUGAUACCCCAGCCUCUGCGCUCAAACAGCAGGGCAUCUUUGCAGUUGGCAUUGGAACAAGGACCUCUGACAGCAGAGAACUGCAGAAAAUAUCAUAUGACCCAACGUAUGCCCUCUUAGUUUCUGAGUUCAAUGACCUCCCCGAUGUCCAAGAACAGCUCUUUUCUGUUUUGAGUACAAUGCCAGCAAGGGUCACACCCAUGCCACCAACUGUUAUUGUCGAGAAAGAGCCACGAGGAAGAGACAUUGUGUUCUUGCUGGAUGGAUCUGAUGGUACUCGAACUGGAUUCUCAGCUAUGCGUGACUUUGUCCAAAGAAUAGUUGAGACAAUGAGUGUGGAUGACAACAGAGACCGUGUCUCAGUGGUCCAAUACAGCAGGGAUCCAUCCGUCCACUUCUAUUUGAACACUUACACAACCAAAGCUGAGAUCCUUAACACUGUCAGAGGACUGAGGCAUAAGGGGGGAAGACCUCUCAACACUGGAGCAGCUCUCCAGUACUUGAGGGAUAAUGUCUUCACAGCCCCUGCUGGAAGCAGGAGCCUGAAAGGAGUUCCACAAAUCCUAAUCUUGUUAAAUGGUGGAAGGUCUUUUGACAAUGUUGACGCACCAGCCUCUGCCCUGAAACAGAUGGGUGUCUUGAUAUAUCCAAUUGGAAACAGGGGCUCUGACAGCAGAGAACUACAGAAGAUAUCCCAUGAUCCCCGUUCAGCUGUAACUGUGACCGAAUUUACUGACCUUCCAAGUGUCCAACAGCAAAUUGAGUCCUCCUUGGGGGUUGUGGUGACUGACAUCACUCCAGAACCAACAACUGUAUUUGUUCAACCUGACAUGGUCAAAAAGGAUAUUGUAUUCCUUCUGGAUGGUUCAGAUGACACAAGGAAUGGCUUCCCUGCUAUGCGAGAUCUUGUUGAGAGAGUGGUGGAAAAACUCAAUGUGGGCGAAAACAACGACCGUGUCUCCGUUGUCCAGUACAGCAGAGAUACAGAAGUUCAUUUCUACUUGAACACCUACAAAACCAGAGAGGAUGUUGUUGAUUCAGUGAGAGGGCUGCAACACAGAGGAGGCAGACCCCUCAACACUGGAGCAGCCUUGCAAUACGUAGGAGACAAUGUGUUUACAAACACUUCUGGAAGUAGGCGGCUGCAAGGGGUUCCACAGUUGUUGAUCCUGUUAUCUGGUGGAAGGUCAUUUGACAAUGUUGAUACCCCAGCCUCUGCGCUCAAACAGCAGGGCAUCUUUGCAGUUGGCAUUGGAACAAGGACCUCUGACAGCAGAGAACUGCAGAAAAUAUCAUAUGACCCAACGUAUGCCCUCUUAGUUUCUGAGUUCAAUGACCUCCCCGAUGUCCAAGAACAGCUCUUUUCUGUUUUGAGUACAAUGCCAGCAAGGGUCACACCCAUGCCACCAACUGUUAUUGUCGAGAACGAGCCACGAGGAAGAGACAUUGUGUUCUUGCUGGAUGGAUCUGAUGGUACUCGAACUGGAUUCUCAGCUAUGCGUGACUUUGUCCAAAGAAUAGUUGAGACAAUGAGUGUGGAUGACAACAAAGACCGAGUCUCAGUGGUCCAAUACAGCAGGGAUCCAUCCGUCCAUUUCUAUUUGAACACUUACACAACCAAAGCUGAGAUCCUUAACACUGUCAGAGGAAUGAGGCAUAAGGGGGGAAGACCUCUCAACACUGGAGCAGCUCUCCAGUACUUGAGGGAUAAUGUCUUAACAGCCCCUGCUGGAAGCAGGAGCCUGAAAGGAGUUCCACAAAUCCUAAUCUUGUUAAAUGGUGGAAGGUCUUUUGACAAUGUUGACGCAGCAGCCUCUGCCCUGAAACAGAUGGGUGUCUUGAUAUAUCCAAUUGGAAACAGGGGCUCUGACAGCAGAGAACUACAGAAGAUAUCCCAUGAUCCCCGUUCAGCUGUAACUGUGACCGAAUUUACUGACCUUCCAAGUGUCCAACAGCAAAUUGAGUCCUCCUUGGGGGUUGUGGUGACUGACAUCACUCCAGAACCAACAACUGUAUUUGUUCAACCUGACAUGGUCAAAAAGGAUAUUGUAUUCCUUCUGGAUGGUUCAGAUGGCACAAGGAAUGGCUUCCCUGCUAUGCGAGAUCUUGUUGAGAGAGUGGUGGAAAAACUCAAUGUGGGAGAAAACAAUGACCGUGUCUCCAUUGUCCAGUACAGCAGAGAUACAGAAGUUCAUUUCUACUUGAACACCUACAAAACCAGAGAGGAUGUUGUUGAUUCAGUGAGAGGGCUGCAACACAGAGGAGGCAGACCCCUCAACACUGGAGCAGCCUUGCAAUACACCUCUGCGCUCAAACAGCAGGGCAUCUUUGCAGUUGGCAUUGGAACAAGGACCUCUGACAGCAGAGAACUGCAGAAAAUAUCAUAUGACCCAACGUAUGCCCUCUUAGUUUCUGAGUUCAAUGACCUCCCCGAUGUCCAAGAACAGCUCUUUUCUGUUUUGAGUACAAUGCCAGCAAGGGUCACACCCAUGCCACCAACUGUUAUUGUCGAGAAAGAGCCACGACGAAGAGACAUUGUGUUCUUGCUGGAUGGAUCUGAUGGUACUCGAACUGGAUUCUCAGCUAUGCGUGACUUUGUCCAAAGAAUAGUUGAGACAAUGAGUGUGGAUGACAACAGAGACCGUGUCUCAGUGGUCCAAUACAGCAGGGAUCCAUCCGUCCACUUCUAUUUGAACACUUACACAACCAAAGCUGAGAUCCUUAACAAUGUCAGAGGACUGAGGCAUAAGAGGGGAAGACCUCUCAACACUGGAGCAGCUCUCCAGUACUUGAGGGAUAAUGUCUUCACAGCCCCUGCUGGAAGCAGGAGCCUGAAAGGAGUUCCACAAAUCCUAAUCUUGUUAAAUGGUGGAAGGUCUUUUGACAAUGUUGACGCACCAGCCUCUGCCCUGAAACAGAUGGGUGUCUUGAUAUAUCCAAUUGGAAACAGGGGCUCUGACAGCAGAGAACUGCAGAAGAUAUCCCAUGAUCCCCGUUCAGCUGUAACUGUGACCGAAUUUACUGACCUUCCAAGUGUCCAACAGCAAAUUGAGUCCUCCUUGGGGGUUGUGGUGACUGACAUCACUCCAGAACCAACAACUGUAUUUGUUCAACCUGACAUGGUCAAAAAGGAUAUUGUAUUCCUUCUGGAUGGUUCAGAUGGCACAAGGAAUGGCUUCCCUGCUAUGCGAGAUCUUGUUGAGAGAGUGGUGGAAAAACUCAAUGUGGGCGAAAACAACGACCGUGUCUCCGUUGUCCAGUACAGCAGAGAUACAGAAGUUCAUUUCUACUUGAACACCUACAAAACCAGAGAGGAUGUUGUUGAUUCAGUGAGAGGGCUGCAACACAGAGGAGGCAGACCCCUCAACACUGGAGCAGCCUUGCAAUACGUAGGAGACAAUGUGUUUACAAACACUUCUGGAAGUAGGCGGCUGCAAGGGGUUCCACAGUUGUUGAUCCUGUUAUCUGGUGGAAGGUCAUUUGACAAUGUUGAUACCCCAGCCUCUGCGCUCAAACAGCAGGGCAUCUUUGCAGUUGGCAUUGGAACAAGGACCUCUGACAGCAGAGAACUGCAGAAAAUAUCAUAUGACCCAACGUAUGCCCUCUUAGUUUCUGAGUUCAAUGACCUCCCCGAUGUCCAAGAACAGCUCUUUUCUGUUUUGAGUACAAUGCCAGCAAGGGUCACACCCAUGGCACCAACUGUUAUUGUCGAGAAAGAGCCACGAGGAAGAGACAUUGUGUUCUUGCUGGAUGGAUCUGAUGGUACUCGAACUGGAUUCUCAGCUAUGCGUGACUUUGUCCAAAGAAUAGUUGAGACAAUGAGUGUGGAUGACAACAGAGACCGUGUCUCAGUGGUCCAAUACAGCAGGGAUCCAUCCGUCCACUUCUAUUUGAACACUUACACAACCAAAGCUGAGAUCCUUAACACUGUCAGAGGACUGAGGCAUAAGGGGGGAAGACCUCUCAACACUGGAGCAGCUCUCCAGUACUUGAGGGAUAAUGUCUUCACAGCCCCUGCUGGAAGCAGGAGCCUGAAAGGAGUUCCACAAAUCCUAAUCUUGUUAAAUGGUGGAAGGUCUUUUGACAAUGUUGACGCACCAGCCUCUGCCCUGAAACAGAUGGGUGUCUUGAUAUAUCCAAUUGGAAACAGGGGCUCUGACAGCAGAGAACUACAGAAGAUAUCCCAUGAUCCCCGUUCAGCUGUAACUGUGACCGAAUUUACUGACCUCCCAAGUGUCCAACAGCAAAUUGAGUCCUCCUUGGGGGUUGUGGUGACUGACAUCACUCCAGAACCAACAACUGUAUUUGUUCAACCUGACAUGGUCAAAAAGGAUAUUGUAUUCCUUCUGGAUGGUUCAGAUGGCACAAGGAAUGGCUUCCCUGCUAUGCGAGAUCUUGUUGAGAGAGUGGUGGAAAAACUCAAUGUGGGAGAAAACAACGACCGUGUCUCCGUUGUCCAGUACAGCAGAGAUACAGAAGUUCAUUUCUACUUGAACACCUACAAAACCAGAGAGGAUGUUGUUGAUUCAGUGAGAGGGCUGCAACACAGAGGAGGCAGACCCCUCAACACUGGAGCAGCCUUGCAAUACGUAGGAGACAAUGUGUUUACAAACACUUCUGGAAGUAGGCGGCUGCAAGGGGUUCCACAGUUGUUGAUCCUGUUAUCUGGUGGAAGGUCAUUUGACAAUGUUGAUACCCCAGCCUCUGCGCUCAAACAGCAGGGCAUCUUUGCAGUUGGCAUUGGAACAAGGACCUCUGACAGCAGAGAACUGCAGAAAAUAUCAUAUGACCCAACGUAUGCCCUCUUAGUUUCUGAGUUCAAUGACCUCCCCGAUGUCCAAGAACAGCUCUUUUCUGUUUUGAGUACAAUGCCAGCAAGGGUCACACCCAUGGCACCAACUGUUAUUGUCGAGAAAGAGCCACGAGGAAGAGACAUUGUGUUCUUGCUGGAUGGAUCUGAUGGUACUCGAACUGGAUUCUCAGCUAUGCGUGACUUUGUCCAAAGAAUAGUUGAGACAAUGAGUGUGGAUGACAACAGAGACCGUGUCUCAGUGGUCCAAUACAGCAGGGAUCCAUCCGUCCACUUCUAUUUGAACACUUACACAACCAAAGCUGAGAUCCUUAACACUGUCAGAGGACUGAGGCAUAAGGGGGGAAGACCUCUCAACACUGGAGCAGCUCUCCAGUACUUGAGGGAUAAUGUCUUCACAGCCCCUGCUGGAAGCAGGAGCCUGAAAGGAGUUCCACAAAUCCUAAUCUUGUUAAAUGGUGGAAGGUCUUUUGACAAUGUUGACGCACCAGCCUCUGCCCUGAAACAGAUGGGUGUCUUGAUAUAUCCAAUUGGAAACAGGGGCUCUGACAGCAGAGAACUACAGAAGAUAUCCCAUGAUCCCCGUUCAGCUGUAACUGUGACCGAAUUUACUGACCUUCCAAGUGUCCAACAGCAAAUUGAGUCCUCCUUGGGGGUUGUGGUGACUGACAUCACUCCAGAACCAACAACUGUAUUUGUUCAACCUGACAUGGUCAAAAAGGAUAUUGUAUUCCUUCUGGAUGGUUCAGAUGACACAAGGAAUGGCUUCCCUGCUAUGCGAGAUCUUGUUGAGAGAGUGGUGGAAAAACUCAAUGUGGGCAAAAACAACUGA